AUGUCGAACAAUCAAGCUCAGUACUUUCCCUCCAGCAGAGCUAUUUCUCUCCUCCUACCCUCAAAUACACCUCCAAUCAACACACAACAUUAUCCACCCCCGCCAACCGCCGACCCACACAACAGUUUAGGAAACUCCUACUCGCCAGCUCCCCAGCCUCAGCCUCAGCCGUCACCACAACAGCACUUUGCUCCUCCACCAGACACCAAUCGCUUCUCAUACAGUGCUGCUCCACAGCCUAUUCAGACACAAUUCGUGUCUCCUCCAGCAUCACCACCUCCACCUGCUGGCAACAUAGGUGCACAAGAGUACGAGCCAAGCCCUGUUUCACCCCAGCAACAAUCCCUACCUUACUACCCUGAGCCUGCUAGACCGGCGCUGAACACUUCGCUGACGACGAACCUUCCCGGCGGUGCUCCCCCACAGGCACACUUCGUCGGCGCAGGCGCCACCGUCGACGAUGUCGGCACCUUCAAUGGAGGAAGCUACAGAAUCAGCCACAGAGACACGAAUACCAUUCUCACACUCCAGCUUGCUAUGGGCUGUCCUCUGACCGUCAAACCAGGAGCUAUGAUUGCCAUGUCACCGACUAUUACCUUGCAAGGUACCGUUAAGUUCUCCUUCAAGAAGUUGGUUGCCGGUGGUCACAUGGCUCAAUCUACCUAUACUGGCCCUGGCGAACUUCUCCUCGCCCCCGCUUCUCUCGGUGAUAUCACCAAUAUCAGACUUACUGGAGAAGAGACCUGGAACGUAGGAAAAGAUGCUUUCUUGGCCUGUACUCAAGGUGUCGUAAAGGAUUACAAGGCUCAGGGACUCAGCAAAGCCAUGUUUUCGGGCGAAGGCUUCUUCGUCUACAAAGUGUCUGGCAUCGGUAUCCUUUGGAUCAGCAGCUUGGGUGCCAUCAUCCGGAAAGAUCUCCAACCAGGCGAAAAGUACAUCAUCGACAACGGCCACCUGGUUGCAUGGAAUGCCAAGUACGUCCUGGAGCGUAUUGCCAGUGGUGGGAUCAUUAGCAAUCUGAGCGCCAACGAGGGCUUGGUGUGCAAUACUGUCUUUAUGCAAACUCGCAACCCAGUGGAGUUUGCGACCUGGCUGGCGACCGAGGGCAGGGUCAAAGGAUAG